AUGGCGUCGGCUGUUGCCGUAACUCCCGCGAUCAGCGGUCUCGCGACAUCACGUGCCGCUGCGGCUGUAUCGCGCGAUCCAGCUCACGUGCGACGGCAUGCGACGGCAGCGUUGUCGCAUCCGCUUCGCGCACGCGGCAUUCGGGGUCUGCGAUCGGACAGCUUCAGGGGCAAGUCGUCGAGAGCGGGGGCGAGCAGCCAAUCAGCGUUCUCCGUUCAAUGCAACCUCGUGCGCAAGGUGAACGGGAAGGAGCUGGACGCGCUGCUGUCGGGCGAUCGGCCGCUGCCCAUGGUGAUCGACUUCUACGCCACGUGGUGCGGCCCCUGCAUCCUCCUCGCGCAAGAGCUGGAGCAGCUGGAGCAGGUGAGCCUCUUGACCCGACUCCUGCCCCCCAUGCCCCUCGUGUCCCCCAUACGACUCAUGCCCCCCAUACGACUCAUGCCCCCCAUACGACUCAUGCCCCCCAUACGACUCAUGCCCCCCAUACGACUCAUGCCCCCCAUACGACUCAUGCCCCCCAUACGACUCAUGCCCCCCAUACUACUCAUGCCCCCCAUGCUCCUCGUGUCCCCCAUACUCGUCAUGCCCCUCUUGCCCCCCAUACCCUCCAUGUCUCCAUGCGCCCGUGCCCCCAUGCUUGUCGCCCCGCAGCUAGCGGUGGAGUACCAUGGCGAGCUAGCAGUGGAGUACCACGGGGAGGUGCUGUUUCUCAAGGUGGACACGGACGAGGAGUACGAGCUCGCCAACCAACUCGAGAUUCGUGGGCUGCCCACAGUGGUGUUUGUGAGCAAGGAUAAGUCAAAGCUUGCCGUCCGUACUGAGGGCUUGCUACCCAUCGCAUCCAUCAAGCAGCUGAUCGAGGAGAUGUAG